UGGUUUGGACGUAUUCUAAAGUUGAAUUUUCUAUUGGAAGGAGUACGAAACGAGGGAUCCAAGGCGUCUUGCCGGAAAUAAUCAACUGCUAAUCGCUAAUUAAUUAACGUGACAUUGGCCACGACCUUCUUCCUCGUCCGCUCCUCGAGUUGUCUCGGCGUUGACUCCGCCGCCGCGGGUGCGAAGGCGAAGCUUCUUUCCUCGUUUCCUCCGGCGCUCCGGCUCCGAGCAGAGGAAGGACGCCGCCGCAGGCAGCCAUGAUCGCGACCGCGGCUCUUCCGGCCGCGUCCCGCUCGGUGGAGGCGCUCCUCGCGGGCGGCGGUGGGGCCCCCGCGGACGAGCUGCGGCGGCUGGGGCGGAAGCUCGCCGACGCGCGGGGCCUCGCCGCGGACGCCGAGGCGAAGGAGGCCCGCGACGCGGGCGCCAGGGCGUGGCUGCGCGCGCUGCGGGACGCGCUGUACGAGCUGGGAGACGCUGUCAGCGACUCCCGCCGCGCUGCCGCCGACGCCACCCGGCGGCAGCAGGAGGCCCGGAAAUCGAUUCGCCAUUGGUUUACACUACCACCAAAUAUCGACAGAAGCCAGUACAAGACUUUGAAAACCAGUAUCAGCAGCCUGAAUUCAAAAAUGGAUGGUAUAUUACAGAAAGGUUCCGAACUAGGACUUCAAGCAAUCAACCAGGAAGGUCCGAAUGAAAGGUCUGAAUUUUCUUGGGAAGUGGUGCCUGAUGAAUAUACUUUGGGUGAUAUAGAAAAUGAGAAAAAUAAAUUGAUUGAUGUGUUGACAGACAGGAAGAGUGCAAACAAAGUCGUGACAAUUGUUGGGUGUAGUGGAAUGGGCAAAACUACAUUGGCGUGGAAAAUUUAUAACGAUCAUUGCACAAGAAAUGCUUUCAGUAUUGUUGUAUGGGUGAGUGUCUUGAAUGACUUCAAUGAUAUUGGAUUACUGUCUGCAAUCGUAAGGGCUGCUGGCGGAAAUCCCAAAGGACAAGAAAACAGGGUGCAACUUGAGGCCAUGUUGGCUGCCAUUCUUCAAGGAAAAAGAUUCUUACUGGUGCUUGAUGAUGUCUGUGGUCAUCAAAUUUAUGAGAAUUCCCUAGAGGCUCACUGGCAUGUUUGUGGUCAUGGAAGCCGAAUUUUGAUCACCACUCGUGAUGAGAUUGUUGCGACAAAAGUGAAGGAUGCUUACGUCCACCGGGUUAAGGAAUGGACCUUUCAGGACUGUUGGUCCUUGCUUUGUCGUAAUGCUUUUCUGGAUGAGAGCCUUAAUGGAAACACUUUAAGGAAUAUUGGUAUCAUGAUUAUCCAAAAGUGUAACAAGCUUCCAAUGGCUGUAAAAAUUAUAGGUGCUGUCCUGAGAACAAAGGAGCGAACCCAAGAGGCCUGGCAGAGAGUGUAUGAAAGUGAAGGAUGGUCUUUCAACGACCGUCGAGAUGAUGUACAUGGCUUAACUGGGGCUAUCUAUUUGGGCUACCAUGAUUUGCCGUUGCAUAUGAAGCAAUGUUUCGUUUAUUUGUCACUGUUCCCUGAAGGCUCUAUCAUCAGGCAGCAGUUUGUCAGUCAACUGUGGAUUUCAGAGGGUUUGAUUGAGGAACGAGAUAACUGCAGUCUCGAAAAGACUGCAGAGGAGUAUUUCAGGGAGUUUCUAUCAAGAAAUCUUCUGCAACCUGAAAUUGGAAAUGAUGACAUAACAAGAUGCGCAAUGCAUGAUCAAAUCAGAUCCUUUUUGCAGUUCUUUGCCAAAGAUAAAAUUUUCGCUGGCGAAAGUACCAAUGUAACUUCAAUGGAAGGGCUACGGCAUGUGUGGAUUACGAAUAGCAAACUAAUGACCACCGUGGAAGAAAUACGAGCUUUGACAAGCAUGAAGACAGUUAUUCUCUACAAGAACCUGGUGAGUAAUCGCGGCUUAGACAAGCUAUUCAAGGGGCUCAAAUAUUUGCAGGUGUUGGACCUUGGGGGUACUGAAAUUAAGUAUAUUCCGAGGACACUGGAAUCUCUAAUUCACCUUAGGCUGCUAAAUCUUUCACUAACCCGAAUUACAGAGCUUCCAGAGUCCAUUGAGUGUCUCGGAAGUCUGCAAUUCUUGGGUCUCCGGUACUGCAAUUGGCUGCACACUCUUCCACUUGGAAUUGGCAAGCUGCAAAAUUUACGAAAUCUUGAUCUUCGAGGAACUAGCUUGCAUCAAGUCCUACCUAGUUUGGUAAAUCUUAAGCAGCUCUCCAUGCUACAUGGCUUCGUAGUCACACGUGAUGAUGAUCCAACUGGGUGGCCUUUGGAACAUCUAAAAUCUCUAGAUGCAUUGAGAAGCCUACAGGUACUGAAGAUGGAAAGAGUCUCACAUUGUUUCAGGCUGGAAGAAGCCAUCCUGGAAACGAAGUCUCACCUUAAGGAGCUUGAACUAUGUUGUAGCAAUGAUGAUAGACAGGUUGAAGUGCAAGAAGAAGAUGCAAAAACAAUUAAAUACAUAUUUGAUAAGCUUUCUCCUCCACAUUGCUUGAAAUCUCUCAAAAUAGUGAGCUACUAUGGAAAACUUUGCCCUGAUUGGCUACCUAAUCUCUCAAACCUGCAGCGCUUUGUUCUUACUGAUUGCAAAUUCUUGGAGCAUCUGCCGAACCUGGGCCAGCUAACUGAACUCAAGUUCCUCACCAUAACCGGCUGUUCCAAGUUACUUACCAUUAAGCAAGAGCGAACAAGUGCCAAUCAGGCGUUUCCUAAGCUAGAGCAGUUGCACCUUAGAGACAUGCCAAAUCUUGAAUCAUGGAUAGGAUUUGAAUCUGGUGAUAUGCCUUCACUUAUGAAAUUUCGUCUGGCGAAUUGUCCUAAGCUCUGUUACCUGCCAUCUGGGCUUAAGUACUCGAAAGUCCUGACAAGCAUGCAAAUAAACCAUGUUGAUAGCCUGAAAGUCAUUGAGGACUUGCCUGUGCUCAAAGAAUUGGUUCUCCAAGCAUGCAAUGAACUUGAAAGAAUCUCAAAUCUUCCAUUACUUGAAAUUCUGAUAGUCCGUGGUUGCUCUCAGUUGAAGGAUAUCAGCGUAGUCCACCUGCUUAGGCACAUCCGCAUUGUAGAUAGAGAUCUAAGAGAACUUCCAGGUUGGUUUGCAACUCAUGCCUCUAUGCUGCAGACAUUCACUAUAGUUGGCAAAGCAGAACUGCUUGAAAGAUUACUUCCGAAUAGAGAAGAUUGGGAAAUCAUUCGUCACAUCAGCAAAGUUUACGCAAACUUACCUGAUGAAUCUCCAUUCUUCACUUACACAAAGAGCUCUGCUGAUUUCCAUGUUGAUCAAAGAAUUGGAGAACGAGGCAGCCCACCUGUUAUGCUGGCGGCUGGAAUUGCACAUGAAACCCUGAGCGUUUCAUUUGACAAUACUUUUGAGGUAACCUCUCGAAUUACUGUGCCCAGAGUACCUAUCAUCCGGACAUCGACUUUGAAGAGGGCCAUGAGACGCUACCUCGUUCCGUAUCUUAUAAUGGUUAUCAUUGUUAUGCAAGUUCUUUCCUAUUUGCUGCAGAAUAGGACAUACAAAGAAAUUUGGCUUGUUCAGACCCUCUUCAUCUUCUUCACAACAGUUAUCCUGCUGUUUCUUGUAUUUCUUGACUGAGGAUUUUCUCCUAUACAAUUGUGAUCUGAUGUACAUGGUUACACCCUCUGCAGCAUUGCGUGUUCAGUUGUCCACUGUAUGCAAAGUGUGAAUGAUGGCAGAAUGCGGAGAAAGUUGAUAAAGAUCUUCACUCCUGUGGUAAAGAUCUGCUGGUGCUGGCAUGCCUUGGGAAGUGUAUUCGGAAAUGUUGCAGCCCCAAUAUUGAAGCUGUUACUUGCAAAUGACCGUGAAAACAGGUUAUGUCAAGAAUAUGGUUUCACCCACUUGAAUUGGUUUGAAUUGAAUGAUACAAUAAUAGGCUGGUAUGUACAUUUUAAUUUGAAUGUCCCCCUUAUUGAGACCUGACUUUGUGUAAAGAGAUCGUACGUAUUUGUGACACUUAUAUAGAUUAAUUACGUUACACA